AGGUGGCGCUCUCCGUAUCCAUUCUGCUAUCAUUGACAGUGUUUUUCUUACUUUUGGCUGAAAUUAUUCCGCCAACCAGUCUAGUUGUUCCACUGCUGGGUAAGUAUUUGUUAUUCACGAUGAUCCUGGUCACAUUGUCGAUAUGCGUGACUGUUGUUGUACUUAAUGUUCAUUUUCGUUCGUCGGCAACACAUAAAAUGGCCCCAUGGGUUAAGAGAGUAUUCAUUCAUCUUCUUCCGCGACUACUACUCAUGAGAAGACCUCCAUAUACUCCGGGCACUGGUGAUGGUGGAGCUGGUGAUGCCAGUGCUGUGGAUACCGUUCAAUAUAAUUGCGAUUCUUAUCCGAAACAGACCCGGAAUAUAGUCCGUACCUGUAAUAGGACAGAGCUCUCAGAUUUCAACAGUCAGACUGAUUGUGGGACUGGACCUGACUCUCAGUUCCCAAUCAAUUCUUCAUCGCCUUACCAAAGAAGAGCCAGUUUUGAAUACUCGUCUCAAUUGGAUAAUACAUUCGGAAAUGGAGGCACACGAGUACAGAAUUGUCGGGUUCACGGAAAUAGGAAUUUGAAUUAUCCUCCUCUGCCUCCCAACGAGGAACUGGUGUUCAUAAACGAUGGCAGUACUCCGCCACAAUAUUCUCAUUCAAAUUCAGCGUCAAAUCUGUGUCCGCAACCCAAUAAUCAGCCAAAUUUGCCUCCAAUCCGAAGAAUCCAUUUCUGUCCGGAGUUCUUAAGGGCGAUGGAAAAUGUUCACUACAUCGCCGAUUGCACCCGAAGGACGGAACAGGAGAAUGAGGUUAAGGAAGACUGGAAAUAUGUGGCUAUGGUUUUGGACAGACUCUUCCUAUGGAUAUUCACAACGGCUGUACUCGUGGGCACAUGUGGCAUUAUACUUCACGCGCCCACUCUAUACGAUGACAGACUGCCGAUUGAUGUGAAGCUGUCAGAAGUGGCUCAAGUAAUCCUUCUCCGGAAUAAGGGCUGACUUUUCACACAAACACAUCAUAUGUUUGCGAAGAUUCAUCGUUUCUAAAGCUACUAUUCUUGAGACAAAUUGUUUGAAUCUUUUUGUAACCAUAAACUUCACAUAUUUUGAUACAUAUUAUUGAAUGAGU